UCAUUGUCUCUGCUGUAAACUACUCUACCAUUUUCAAGAAACUACUACAAGAAUAGCGAAUAUUCAAGAUGUCGACCCCUGCUAUCCAAGGUCUCUCGUCUAUGGGCUCGUCUGUCGGUGCAUACUCCAGACAGCAGCUGGCCACUUUGAGAAACAGAUUCUUGACUACAGAGAAGCGCAGGAGGAGGGCACAGCUCAUCUCGACCUCGUUUAGCGUCCACAAGCCGGUCUGGAUUGCUGCAGGGGGUGCCGCUUACACGACGAUGGGCGCGGUCUAUCUGACGCUACGCUACAUGCGUCGCUUGAAAUAAAUCCAGCUCCUCCGCGAGCGAGUGAGCGAGCGUGUCUGGUUACCGCUAUUGGUGCUUUGAAAGCCACGAAACUGGAAUAGAGGAGGGCACUUGUCCGAGACAGCGAUCUGCAUCCUCAUUAUUACCGACCAUUCAUUUCACAUCAUUUUCUUUUCUUCUAUUUUAUUUGGGUUACCCUCUAGGGUCAGGUACUUUGGACGGCACGGGAUGGAAUAUGCAACAAGGAGAGGGAAUGGAAUCGUGACAUGACGGAGUUUUUACGCGUUUUGGGUUGCAUUGGAACCAAUAUUCAUCAUGUAUUUAACAAAGACACAAUUACAAACACACCCAGGAAUGACCAUAAAUACAAGAAACAAUUAAAAUGACUUGAUGCAUCA